AUGGAAAACGAGACAGUAAGUGAACUGAACCAAACCCAGCUUCAGCCUCGAGCCGUGGUGGCCCUAGAAUACCAAGUGGUCACCAUCUUACUUGUGCUCAUUAUUUGUGGUCUGGGCAUCGUGGGCAACAUCAUGGUAGUCCUGGUGGUCAUGAGAACCAAGCACAUGAGGACGCCCACAAACUGCUACCUGGUGAGUCUAGCAGUAGCUGAUCUCAUGGUCCUGGUGGCCGCAGGCCUCCCCAACAUAACGGACAGUAUCUAUGGUUCCUGGGUUUAUGGCUACGUGGGAUGCCUCUGCAUCACUUACCUCCAGUACUUGGGCAUUAAUGCAUCCUCUUGUUCAAUCACAGCAUUUACCAUUGAGAGGUACAUAGCAAUCUGUCACCCCAUCAAAGCCCAGUUUCUCUGCACAUUUUCCAGAGCCAAAAAGAUCAUCAUCUUUGUCUGGGCUUUCACAUCCAUUUACUGUAUGCUGUGGUUCUUCUUGCUGGAUCUCAAUAUUAGCACCUAUAAAGAUGCUAUUGUGGUGUCCUGUGGCUACAAGAUCUCCAGGAAUUACUACUCACCUAUUUACCUAAUGGACUUUGGUGUCUUUUAUGUUGUUCCAAUGAUCCUGGCCACUGUCCUCUAUGGAUUCAUAGCUAGGAUCCUCUUCUUAAAUCCCAUUCCUUCAGAUCCUAAAGAAAACUCUAAGACAUGGAAAAAUGACUCAACCCAUCAGACCAAGAAUUUGAAUUCAAAGACCUCUAGUAGAUAUUUCAACAGCACAGUAUCUUCAAGGAAGCAGGUCACCAAGAUGCUGGCAGUGGUUGUCAUUCUGUUUGCCCUUUUAUGGAUGCCCUACAGAACUCUUGUGGUUGUCAACUCAUUUCUCUCCAGCCCUUUCCAAGAAAAUUGGUUCUUGCUCUUUUGCAGAAUUUGCAUUUAUCUCAACAGUGCCAUCAACCCAGUGAUUUACAAUCUCAUGUCCCAGAAAUUCCGUGCAGCCUUCAGAAAGCUCUGCAACUGUAAGCAGAAGCCGGUGGAGAAGCCGGCUAACUACAGUGUGGCCCUCAAUUACAGCGUCAUCAAGGAGUCAGAUCAUUUCAGCACAGAGCUUGAUGACAUCACUGUCACUGACACUUACUUGUCUGCCACGAAAGUGUCUUUUGAUGACACCUGCUUGGCUUCUGAAAUAACCAUUAGCCAAAGUUGA